AUGGGCGUCUCGAUACCGGUUGUGCUUGCAAGAUGCGCCACCAGGCUAAAAUUGACCAACAGGCUAUGGCCUGAUGACCACAUGUCUCUUCUCAGUCUGGUCGCGUUGCUCGCCAUUGUUUCCAUUCAAAUUUACAGCGUGAGCGAAGGCAGCGGUAUGCAUUACUGGCAAACAGACCUAGACAAGGUUCAACUCACCCGCCAGUUGUUCUAUGUAGCAAAGAUUUUAUACGUCUUUGUACAAUGUACGGGGAAAAUCGCCGUUCUUCUCCUCUACCAGAGGGUCUUCGACACAGGACAUGGUGCCCAAUGGCUGAGAAGAGCCAUCAAGGUCAUGAUUGUAUUGACAUUUGCCAUUGAGGGGACGUACAUCUUCAUCAUUGCCUUUCAGUGUCUUCCUGUCGCAGCACUUUGGGACCCUUCAAUCAAAGAUUUCACGUGCUUGAAUGCAGGUGUGGCCUUUGCAGCCGGAGCCGUUUUGAACAUUGCGUCCGACUUUGUCUUGAUGAUCCUCCCGCUCCCCGCCCUCUGGAAGUUGCAGACAAGCAAACGGAAGCGAUUUGGUGUUGCCUUGAUGCUAGUCAUUGCAUCUCUCGGCAUCGUUGCGAGUCUUGUUCGUAUCAAGUUUCUCAUUGGGGGCUCUUCUGCAUUUGACAGCAGCUUCCACAAUGUAGACAUAUACUCUUGGAGUCUCAUUGAGCUUUUCACUGAGGCCACUCUUGGUUCAUACAAUAUGUGCCAUCCGAUCGACCGUCUCAAGCACAUUUCAGCGAUCUCGAGUGUCACGACCAAGCAAGUCAAGCCCAAAGUCAGAUAUCGCAUCGACCCCGAGAUAUAG